CUCAUAUCAAAAAUGAUUGAUUGAAAUAAUUGUCGUGGUUAUCCUCGCGACUGUCAGUCACCUUUCCUCACUGGAUGAAUUGUCAUAUGCAUGCCUGAUGUUCUGAUCUCAGCCACUUGAAAUAUCUCGCUCUCUCUAUCGUAGCAGGCUCAAUGAUGGGACCGAUUGGCGUUGGAUACAGACCGUUGUUCAUUCCAGGUCGUGACGAGAAGCUACCUCCCUUACCACCCGAUUCACUGAUAUCGCCACCACCACCGCCACCUCCCAAGAAUAUCGGCCUUGUGCUGGAUACCCACCCUAAUGACGGCCCUCAGUUACCUCCAAUACCAAGCUUAGCAUCUCUAGGAUUUGACUUGCCCCAAUCUCCCGCAUCGGCAACUGCCUCAUCAAUGUCCCUUCUCUCCCCUACCUCCCCAACAGAAAAGACGAAGAAAUCUAGUCCAUUGACCGAUCUUAUCGAGAGCGAAAAGAUCUAUGUGGAGUACUUGACGGGGAUAAUACGAAGAAUAGCCGCAGCAUGGUCACGAUCCAAUUUGCCACCACCGGAGCUCGAUGUCAUGUUUCGCAGCGUCGAGAGUGUGUACAAGACAAAUCGUACACUCCUCGCGAAACUGAAAGAAAUCGGCUCUAAUCCGUCCUCGCCCAAAGCUCUGGGCGACCUCUUGAUGCGAUGGAUCGAUGACCUCGACCGACCUUACACGGCGUACUGUCAGAAAUACGCUACUGGUUUUGAUCAAUGGGAGCCUGUCAAAUCAAAUACGAAGCUUCCAGGAGUUAUCGAGGCGUUCUCUGCGGCUAGCCCUCCCUCAAUAGCUGCAAUUCAGUCGUCUCAACUACCCGACCCGUCGUUAUGGACUUUGGAUGCCCUAUUUCUGUUGCCCAAGGGCCGUCUUUUGUAUUACAGGAAACUAUACAACAGACUGCUAAAGAGCACGACACCGGGCAGAAGCGACCAUCGACUAUUGACGGGUGCUCUUGAGAAGUUAGAUGAUUUAUUGGAGACUUUGGAAGGAAGAAGUCAGGUCAAGGUUGGCCACAGCCCUUCCGCUUCCUCUUCCGCAUUACCGCCUGUCACCUCUGAGAUGAGGAAUGAGCCUAUCGCUUCUCCAGCGACGUCUCCGGUGACGGAAUUUGACGGAACGCACAACCAGCUACUUUCAGGUCAAUUCGGGGGAGGAAAUGCAAGUGCACCCACAUCCGUCCGUGGAAGCGGUUCGUCAAGCGGAGAGCGAUUUUCACGGGAAACAGGGAUGACAUCCAUCAGUCGUGACUCCACAGCACCCAUGCCUACAUCCAUCGCUAACCUGGAGAAACGUUUGGCGACAGAUACGACGCUGGACAUAUUUACGAUGGAACCCAAGCUAGUCCGUCUGCAAAUGUCUCCGCCAACGUUACCUUAUGCCCGAGAACUUAAAUUGUCAGCCAAUGUCGUCGUCCAUUUUACUCCUCGUUCGACGGGCGUGAACGUUGUUCACCAACACGGCUUUGUCUUUGUUUUAUCAGACCUGUUCUUGAUAUGCGAGAAGAUGACCUUGGGCGAUAGAGUUGCAGCGGGUGUGGACGGUCCCGAUAUGAGACUCUGCUACCCUCCACUUUCUGGAAAGGUCCUGAAGGUGACUGAGGUACCUGGCCAAGAUAACGCACUUCAGAUUUCUAUCAUGCGGAAAGAGGCGCUGAUCCUUGAGGCCAGCUCACCGCAUGCCCGGGACGAGAUCAUCAAGGAAUUUAAGGAGUGUAUCAAUUUUGCCAGGACUAUUUCUGCAACCGCUUCAGAACCAGUGCCCCCCAUGCCCAAAAGUCUCCCUGUGUCACCAGUAGCUGAUUUUCCUUCUGCAAAUGAAAGAUUUCCUUCGCGGGAAAUGGCCCACAACACCGCACAGGGUGUUCCACAAGAACAGGUCGCCAGCUCUAGUGUGCUGAAUGAAAAGCCAAACCUCCCUGAGCUCCCCUCCGCUCCUAACUUCUCGUUGCCUCGCAUCACAUCACAACAGAGUUUCGCGCCAAGAAAAACAAGCCUGGGCCCAAUUGUUACAGGGCAGGUCGUGGGGAGGGACGGAAACAUUAGUCCAUCUGGUGAAGGUGUUGGUAUGGCCCAGAUGCAAAAUUUUCAAGGUGCUCAGAGGAUACCUUCAUUGCACGAUGCUACUUCUGGAGUCUCUCACCCUAUACGCAAAUCAUCCACUGUUCAAAUAGCUUCCACACAUCCACCGCCUUCUUCCUUCGGUAUGGGUCAGGUCAUGCCACCAGCUCGGAGUGCGAGCAUGGUCAGCUCUUCACAUCCCUUGCCCGAUCAGGACCCCAGCAUGGGAGGCCCACCUCACAGGGUUUACUCUCCUCCUACUGUUCAAGGAUAUACGCAACAUCCACCCUUGCAUCAUCAACCGUCAGUCUCGUCACAUCACUCCUCGAUGCAUUCUCUUCACCAUCAACCGUCUCUCAAUUUACUUCAUCAACACCCGUCAAUGCAUCAACAUCUCCGUCCUCCACAAAGCGCACCUCCGCAAGCUCAAUCUAUGAACUUUUCUCAACAUCCCAAUCAGACUCGGUCACUGCCUUCUCGGUCUGCGGGUCCCGGAGGUCCUCCUCAUGGAAUUCCUCCUCCUCGACCACCGUCUGAGCCCCAGCCGUCCUCCGGGAGACUCCAUAAGUCGACAUCAUCGCGGUCCCUCCGCUCUCAGUAUGACUAUAGUCCGAGUCCAGGUCAUGCACCACCACUUCCUUCCUUACCUGGAGGGUUGCCGAUACCAUCCCGACCUUAUGCCCAACGCACAGAUUCUAUCAUUUCUGUCAACAGCGCUACGAUAAGAGCUGUCCUACCAUCGCAGCAGAUUAGUUCCAGAGCAAACUCAUUCACCGAAACAACCUUCCAAGAUCAUAGUCCUCCGACUUCUCCGAUUGAAGAACCACAGCCUCUGGGUCCAACCAGGCCCACAAUAACAGGAAUGAAGUGCAGGGUCUUCCACCAGCAACAACAUGCACAAUGGAAGUCGUUGGGCUCUGCACAAUUGACACUUUAUCAUCAGCAGCCUACCAACGUCAAGCAACUCGUCGUUCAAGCGGGCUCCAAAGGCAAGAACACCCUCAUCUCGACGAUCGUGCUUACGGACGGUGUGGAACGAGUGGGCAAAACUGGUGUUGCCAUUGAACUCAGCGAUGCCAAAGGUGCACGGACAGGCAUCAUCCACAUGAUCCAACUUCGGAACGAGCAAGCUGCUCAAGAAUUGUUUGAUAAAUUACUUGCAGGGUCGGACAGGUCGAAAUAAUUUGGAAUAUCGUAUCAUUCCAAUGGACCAGGGGUAUAUCUGUGUUUUCUUUAUCCUUCCAUCCAUCAUUUCAAGCUUUUUUUACUUCAUCCCGUUUACGAAUGCUGGCUGGGCUCCAUUACAUUUGAA